UCCAAGACCCUGUAGCUUUAUGUUUCCCCAGACGACUUCUGAGGUUCAGCCCGCCGCAACCUCCACUCCUCUCCGCUCGCUGGUGGUUCCGGGAGGCGACUUCACGGUUCUCGUGACAGGUGUCGGGUUUCCAGAACCCGCGGUUUGGGUAGGAUGAAGAAAUGUUGGCUCUGACAGUACAAGGAACAUAGGACCUUGUUCUCUAAAAGAGAAAAUUGAAGACGGAAGGAAGAAUGGCUGUUGGACUUUGUAAGUCCAUGUCCCAGGGGUUGGUAACCUUUAGGGAUGUGGCUCUAGAUUUUUCCCAAGAAGAGUGGGAAUGGCUGGACCCAUCUCAGAAGGAUUUAUACAGAGAUGUCAUGUUGGAGAACUACAGGAAUUUGGUAUUGCUUGGACUCUCGAUUUCCAAGCCCAACAUGAUCUCCUUAUUGGAGCAAGGGAAAGAACCUUGGAUGGUGAAAAGAGAGAUGUCAGAUGGUCAAUAUACAGACUGGGAGUCUUGGUAUGAAAUCAAGGAAUUAUCUCCAAUAUGGUACAUUGAUGAAGAGGAAAUAUCCCAGAGCAUGGUAAUGGGAAGACUUACAAAUCAUGAUUUUGAAUGCUCCAGUUUCAGAGAAACUUGGAAAUAUGAGGAUGAAUUUGAGCAUUGUCAUGGAAAUCAGGAGAGGCAUUUCAGGCAAGUGGCAAGUCUUAAGGAAAUAUAUGCUGUGAAAACAGACAAUGAAUAUAAUAAUUCUGACAGAAAUAUUCUCUUGAAGUCAGUACUUUUAACACAACAGACAGUUUCUACAUUACAGCAGAUACAUGAGUUUGAUAUUUACGAUAAAACGUUCCCCCUAAAUUCAGUCCUAAUUGAAAAUAAAAGACAACAUGCUCAGAAGGAAUCUUUGAUAGGUAAUAAAUGUAAAGAAUUCAAACAGAGUACAUACUUUAAUAAAGAUAUAGGCAUUCCUCCUGGGGAGAAGCCUUAUAAAGGUAAUGAUUUUUCAAAUCUUUUAAGUUUCCAUUCAUUACUUACUCAACGUCAAACAACUCAUUUUGGAAAAUUACCUGAUGAAUGUGGUGGUGCCAUUAGUUGUUACUCAUUAUUUACUCAACCUCAGAGAAUUCACAGUAGAAAGAAACCAUAUGCAUGCAAUGACUGCGGAAAAGCCUUUAGCCAUGACUUCUUUUUCAGUGAACAUCAGAGGACUCAUAUUGGAGAGAAACCAUAUGAGUGUAAGGAAUGCAACAAAGCCUUUAGACAGAAUGCACACCUUGCUCAACAUCAGAGAAUCCACACUGGAGAAAAACCCUUUGCAUGUAAUGAAUGUGGGAAGGCCUUUAGCCGUUAUGCCUUCCUUGUUGAACAUCAGAGAAUUCACACAGGAGAGAAACCAUAUGAAUGUAAGGAAUGUAAUAAAGCCUUCAGACAGAGUGCACACCUUAAUCAACAUCAGAGAAUUCACACUGGAGAGAAACCCUAUCAAUGUAAUCAAUGUGGAAAAGCCUUCAGCAGACGCAUAGCCCUUACUCUGCAUCAAAGAAUUCAUUCAGGAGAGAAACCCUUUAAAUGUAAUGAAUGUGGGAAGACCUUUGGCUAUCGCUCACACCUUAAUCAACAUCAGAGAAUUCAUACUGGAGAAAAGCCCUAUGAGUGCAUCAAAUGUGGGAAGUUUUUCCGGACUGAUUCACAACUUAAUCGACAUCAUAGAAUCCAUACUGGAGAGAGACCUUUUGAAUGCAGUAAAUGUGGGAAAGCCUUCAAUGAUGCUUUAGUUCUAAUUCAUCAUAAGAGAAGUCAUGCAGGAGAGAAACCCUAUGUAUGUAACAAAUGUGGGAAAGCUUUCAGUUGUGGCUCAUACCUCAAUCAACAUCAGAGAAUUCAUACUGGGGAGAAACCCUAUGAAUGCAAUGAAUGUGGGAAGGCUUUCCAUCAGAUAUUAUCCCUUAGGCUACAUCAGAGAAUUCAUAUUGGAGAAAAAUCCUAUAAUUGCAAUGAAUGUGGGAGUAAUUUUAGCUGUGUCUCCACCCUUAGACGACAUCAGAAAAUUCAUAAUAGAAAAACACUCUGAUUAUAACAAGAAUAAGAAAGAAAACAUUUAGUCACCACUC